AUGUCAGACGACCUCAAGGCGCACGCCGCCUCUAAUGAAGACUUCUACACCCUCCUCGACCUCUCCCCCGGUGCCACCGACACCGAGAUUCGACGCGCCUACCGACGCACAGCACUAAAGUACCACCCCGAUAAGAUCGCAAACCCAACACCAGCAGACAUCGACAAGUUUCACCUCCUCCAAAUUGCGAACGAUGUCCUCUCCGACCCAUCCGUCCGGCAGCUCUACGAUAAUGCGCGGGAGGCGCGACAACGCAAACAGCGCGAGCGCGAGCUGAUGGAUUCGGCGAAGCGGCAAAUGCGCGAGGAUCUUGAGGCAAGGGAACGAGCUGGCGCGGCUGCGGCGAUGGGUGCUGGUGCUGGGCGGGGCGUAAAGAGGACCUGGAUGGGCGCUGGCGAUGAUGACGCGGAGGAAAAGUUGCAGCGCGAGAUUGAUCGAAUUGCUGAGAACAAUCGACGGAUGCGUCGCGAGGCGCAAGAGAAACUGGAGAAAGAAGCUAAUGAGGAGGAGAAGAAAAAACGGGAGGAAGAGGAGGAGGCUCGCCGGGCUGCGGAUCGGAGUAGCCAGCGGGUUGACCGUUCGCAGGAUGGUGGGAUGAAUGUCCCGGAGAUGGAGCGUUCGGUCAAGGUGCGCUGGAUCAGAGAGGGGCCUGGGGUGGACUUGGACAAGGAGCGAUUGGCGGCGCUCUUUGCGGCAUUCGGCAAGAUCGAACACACCAUCCUGCUCAAGGAUAAACGACAGCGCGUGGGGGAUAAGCGCGAGAAGAAAACUGUUGCGACGGGCAUGCUGGUGUUUGCAUCUAUUGUCAGCGCGCACUCGGCGGUGCUGGACAGCAAGAAGAAGAUUGGUCCGCAUGCUGCUACUGGGGAAUGGGCCGUCAUCGACUCCGUUUACUGGGCAUCUGGUACGCAGCCCGAUCUGAGGGCAGGCACAGAGCACAAGUCUUCUUCGCCAUCCAAGCAAGAUACCACACCCGUACCGCCCCCCUCGACAACUAGCCCUUCGUUUAACUUUCCAGGAACGAAUGUACCGGCAAAUCCUAGCAAAGCACCAUCCUUUGCUUCAUUCAACUCCGUGCCGGCGAAUCCCCCCAAGGCGUCCUCAUUCAAUCCUGCGGCGACAACACCGGGUGCGCCGAGCUUUCAAGAACAGAUAAUGAUGCGCAUGAAGGCCGCACAGCGCGAGAAAGAGGAACGCGAGGCUCUUCUCGAAAAACUGGCCAAAGAGGACGCGGCAGCGGAUGCUGCGGAGUCUGCUGCUGCGAAAGCCACUUAA